GGAUUUAAAGCCCUCAUUAUUGACACACGGUUCGGCCAAUCACAGUGAAGCACCGGCGGCAGCCAGCCAAUCGCGAUCAUCUUCUGUUUGUGUGACCGUUCUCCGGCUGAACGAUAAUUCAGUGAGUACAUCGGUUCUCAUCAUGGCCUCUGGAGCUUUGUUCCCCAGCAUGGUGUCCGGAUCCCGCGGCUCCUCCAGCAAGUACCUGGUGGAGUUUCGGGCCGGUAAGAUGACCAUGAAGGGCAGCACGGUGACCCCUGACAAGCGCAAAGGUCAGGUCUACAUCCAGCAGACCGACGACUCCCUCAUCCACUUCUGCUGGAAGGAUCGGACGACCGGGAACGUGGAUGAUGACCUGAUCAUCUUCCCUGAUGACUGUGAGUUCAAACGGGUGAACCAGUGCACCACUGGACGGGUCUAUGUGUUGAAGUUCAAAGCUGGCUCCAAAAGACUCUUCUUCUGGAUGCAGGAGCCAAAGACUGACAAGGAUGAGGAGAACUGCCGUAAAGUGAAUGAGUAUCUCAACAACCCGCCCAUGCCCGGUGCUCUCGGUAGUGGCGGCAGUGGAGGACACGACCUGUCUGCUCUGGGAGGGGAGGGCGGUCUGCAGAGCCUUCUGGGUAACAUGAGCCACAACCAGCUCAUGCAGCUCAUCGGACCAACUGGACUGGGUGGGAUCGGUGGUCUCGGGGCACUGGCUGGUCCAGGCUUGGCCAACCUCCUGGGCAGCACCAGCAGCAGCAGCAGCAGCAGCGUUCCUGCAGCCAGUAACUCCUCCACAAGUCCGUCCACGGCCGUCACCCCCACCUCUACCUCUGCUACCAGUCGGCUCGGCUCCUCCCAGGUGCCCACCACUCCCAUCACUCCCUCCGCCACCUCAGCAGCCUCCCCCACAGCCACCACCCCCUCCACCCCUACUGUGACCUCUCUGGCAGCGGGUGCAGCCAACCCCACUCAGCCCAUCCAGCUAAGAGACCUGCAGAGCAUCCUGGCCACCAUGAACGUGCCUGCCAGCGGCCAAGGAGUGGACCUCGCCAGCGUCCUGACACCUGAGAUCAUGGCUCCCAUCCUGGCCAACCCCGAGGUGCAGCAGAGGCUGAUGCCCUAUCUGCCCUCUGGAGAGUCCCUGCUUCAGAGCACAGAGGAGCUCCACAACACGCUCAGCUCGCCUCAGUUUCAGCAGGCUAUGAGCAUGUUCAGUAGCGCUCUGGCGUCCGGACAGUUAGGGCCUCUAAUGAACCAGUUUGGCUUGCCUGCAGACGCUGUCGAUGCGGCUAACAAAGGAGAUGUGGAGGCUUUUGCAAAAGCCAUGGAAACGGAAAAGCCAGACCAGGACGGAGACUCCAAAGACAAGAAAGACGAUGAUGAAGACAUGAGUUUGGACUAAGAACUCUUAACAUUAUUAUUUAAUAUAUUUAUUUAGCUGCUUCUUUUGUUUUGUAACUAUUACAAAUUAAGGAUUAUGGUUAAUAUAGUAGAAACUGUCACUAAGACCCUCCCUUCGCUGAUAAUGCUGUGUUCAUCUUCCAACAGUGUGUUGAAUUAAUAUCUACUGAUUUAACUGAAUGAACAUGUAUUCUACCUGCACGUCUGUGCUGUCCAAAACACAAGGGAACAGUAAAAUUAUUGUCUGUGUGUUUA